AUGCCUAAAGUUGGAACAAUUACAGUUGACGAUAUCUUUGAUUGCACCUUUGAAUGCCUCCAAAUCCCUGCCUGCGUUUCUGUGAGCCUGGCCGCGUUCAAAGGCGCCGAUGGGAAACUUUGGUGCGAGAUACUGUCCUCUGGCAAAUACCUGGGCCCCACGGAAUUUAAAGAAAACAGGACUUCGCAUCACUUUUCCAAGACACCUUGUUCUUCCAAGCCGUGUCAAAACGGAGGAACUUGUGUGGAGAAUGAUAAAAAUGACACAUUCAAAUGCGUUUGUGAGAAAGGUUUCAUCGGGGACUAUUGCGAAACAGUUCCUCAUAUUCAACAGGUUCACCGUCAACCAACUGGUAACGCUGCGCUUGGUCCAACACCAACCUCUGUUCUGUGUCACGUGGGAGAUUUUGGAUGUGGAGAUGGAGCGUGGACGACUGUCAUGAAGAUUGACGGCGACAAGAGCACUUUUCAUUACAACUCAGCAUACUGGAAUGAUAGAAAUGAAUACAACCUCCCUGGAGGAAAGACUGGGUUUGACUCACAAGAGACCAAGUUACCGACCUACUGGAACACAUCAUUCUCCAGGAUCUGUCUUGGUAUGAAGAUCGGCCAACAGACCAACUUCAUUGUCAUCAACAAGCAGGCCAAUUCUUUGUACUCACUAAUCGCUGACGGGCAAUACCGCGCCACCUCACUGGGUCGUAACAUGUGGAAGACGCUGAUUGGUUCUCAGGCCUCAUUGCAACGCAACUGUAAUAUAGAAGGAUUCAAUCCCAUCUGCACUGAUUCUGGUAAAUCCGUGGCCAGAAUCGGUAUCACUAGCAAUAACGAAAAUGCCUGCAAUUCGUGUGAUUCCAGAAUCGGGUUUGGAACUGGAGGAUAUCCAGAUGACUCCAUCACUUGUGGAAACGUGGCGAGGCACGGCGGAGAUAAAGGAGAUAGAUUCAUUAAAGUCAUGGGAUACAUCUUGGUGCAUUGAGAUAAAUAGCGAUCGAUAACUCAACCAAAAGAACGCCAGUAGAAAGGGAAGCGCUCAAUAAAAACGAAAUCACUGGUAUUAGCUUGUGCUGCACUCCGAGUGAUAUUUCAAAGUUCACGAGCCUCUGGGCGAGGGCAAUUUGAAAGAGUUCUUCAAAUGUCACGAGCAGUUUAAUU